CAACAUUUUCUAUCAAAGAAAAAGAUGGACGUUAGAGGAGGAUGUUGCAUAGCUAGAUAUGGUGGUUACAGUGGUCACAACGGUAUCUCCAAAGCAGACCGAAUCAUGCUUCGGUUCCGUCCUAUUGCUCCUAAACCAUCCAGCGACGCCGGAGGCGUAUCUCCAAAAUAUGGCUCCACGACAACAAGUGGUGGAAGUGGGCCAAGUGGCAGCUCCGAUGUCUCUGGUAACACCAAGAGAGGAAAGAGGAAGAGUUCAGGCGUUAACUCCCGUAAGUGCAACAAGAGGAAGAGACCAAACACUACUACAACAGCUGUUACCUUGUCUCUAUUACCAGAGACACGACUCUUUCAAGAUCUGAACGUUCCUCCAGUGGAGAAGAAUCAGAAGCAAAACGGUCCUUUAUGGCUAAGCUUCAACGGUGAGAUGCUAACACCGUACAAGACGGCGGAGAUAUCACAAAGAACGGUUGUUGUAUCGUCGUGUGUGACGGUUGAACGUGUGACUGACGCUUGGAACGAUGGUUAUGGAUUAGGUAACACCGAUGAAGAAAAGAAGAUGAAUCUAGGGAGAGACACGUGUCCAGGGUUUAUAUCUGACGGUGUAGGGAGAGUCACGUGGACCAACGAGGCGUAUAAGAAGAUGGCGAAGGAAGAUAUUAAUAUGAGUUAUGAUAAUUUUCACGUGAUCGUACGGUUGGUGAUGAAGGAGAGGCCCAUGUUAACGUACUCGGCGUUUACAUGCAGAGUUAGAUUACAGUACACGUGUCAAGAUCGUGAGAGGGGUUCAGUCACGGUGCCUUGUGACGUGUGGAGGUUGGACGGUGGAGGCUUUGCGUGGAAGCUUGACGUUAAGGCUGCUUUGUGCUUGUAAGAACUGGCCAUGCGUGGGAUAUUCACAUGGCCACCGUCUAACAAAAAGUAGAUAGUGCUGAACUUUGGUUAUUU